CCGCGCUCCGCUCCGUAGCUGCCUGUGCUAACCGCGGCAGUGUUAGUGAUCACGCGACCCAAGACACAGUGCUACAGUACAGUGAAGAUCAGGGAUGUACGCACCCGAUUUAUAUAAUAGGGCUCGGUAGUAUGAGUUGCGGCGGGGUGAGAGCGUCAGUGCCGUGACGCCGCGACCCGCCACCCCCCAGCCAUGCCGGGGGGCAGGAGGGGGCUCGUGGCCCCACAGAACACCUUCCUUGAAAACAUAAUCCGCAGGUCAUCAUCUCAACCGGACUCAAGCUUUCUCUUGGCCAACGCUCAGAUCGUCGACUAUCCCAUCGUAUAUUGCAACGAGUCCUUCUGCAAGAUCUCCGGAUACAACAGAGCAGAGGUGAUGCAGAAGUCAUGUCGUUGCAGCUUCAUGUACGGAGAGCUGACGGACAAGGAGACCAUCUCCAGGAUAGAACAGUGCCUAGAAAAUCAACAGCAGGACCAGUUCGAGAUCCUACUCUACAAGAAGAAUCAUGCUAGGCUGUAUUUUGGUCCAUCCAAGAAUAAAACGGGAACACCACUAUGGCUGCUGCUACACAUCGCACCCAUCAAAAACGAAAAGGACAUCGUGGUGUUGUUCCUCUGCACCUUCAGGGACAUCACUGCACUCAAACAACCCAUCGAGGCAGAAGACUCUCGAGCUGGACUCAGCAAAUUCGCGAAACUGGCACGUUCUGUGACGCGAAGUCGGUCCGUCCUCGUCACUCAGUUCUCGUCUCAUCUCCCUGCCAUGAAGGAUGUCAGCAAACAGUCAAACAUUGCGCAUAUGAUGAGUCUGAACAGCGACGUUAUGCCGCAGUAUCGACAAGAGGCACCUAAAACACCCCCGCACAUUCUCCUUCAUUACUGUGCCUUCAAGGCCAUUUGGGAUUGGGUCAUCCUUUGCCUCACCUUCUACACGGCGAUCAUGGUGCCCUACAACGUGGCCUUCAAGUACAAGACCUCUGAGGACGUGUCCUUGCUGGUGGUGGACUCUAUAGUGGAUGUCAUCUUCUUUAUAGACAUUGUGCUCAACUUCCACACGACCUUCGUCGGGCCUGGCGGGGAAGUGGUGUCGGAUCCAAAGAUCAUUCGAAUGAACUAUUUGAAAUCUUGGUUUCUAAUAGAUCUUUUAUCGUGCCUACCAUAUGAUGUUUUCAACGCGUUCGACCAUGAUGAAGAUGGCAUCGGAUCAUUAUUUUCUGCUCUAAAAGUUGUACGACUUCUGCGCUUGGGUCGCGUUGUGCGGAAGCUCGACCGUUAUCUCGAAUACGGGGCUGCCAUGCUCAUCUUACUCUUGUGCUUCUACAUGCUAGUCGCGCACUGGCUUGCCUGCAUAUGGUACAGUAUAGGUAAGAGUGAUGCAGACAACGGGAUCCAGUACUCAUGGCUUUGGAAGCUAGCGAACGUGACACAGACCCCAUAUGCCUACACGGUGUCCAAUGGGUCCAACACUCUCGAGCUUAUUAACGGUCCUAGUAAGAAGACCAUGUACGUAACGUCACUCUACUUCACCAUGACUUGCAUGACGUCGGUUGGAUUCGGCAACGUAGCUGCCGAAACAGACAAUGAAAAGAUCUUCACCAUAUGCAUGAUGAUCAUAGCAGCUCUUCUCUACGCCACCAUCUUCGGUCACGUGACCACCAUCAUUCAGCAGAUGACGUCAGCGACUGCCAAGUACCACGAGAUGCUCAACAACGUGAGGGAGUUCAUGAAGCUGCACGAGGUUCCGAAGGCUCUUUCUGAGCGGGUCAUGGACUACGUCGUUUCCACGUGGGCCAUGACAAAGGGCAUAGAUACCAACAAGGUAGAAAACGAGGUCCUCAACUACUGCCCAAAGGACAUGAAAGCUGACAUCUGUGUUCAUUUGAAUCGUAAAGUAUUUAAUGAGCACCCUGCAUUCCGCCUUGCGUCCGAUGGCUGUCUUCGUGCCCUGGCCAUGCACUUCACCAUGAGCCAUUCAGCUCCAGGUGAUUUGCUGUUUCACACUGGAGAGUCGCUGGACACAUUAUGUUUUAUUGUGACCGGGUCGCUUGAAGUAAUCCAGGACGACGAAGUAGUCGCAAUAUUAGGGAAAGGCGACGUAUUUGGGGACACUUUCUGGAAGGACCCGACAGUAGGCCAAAGUGCAGCCAACGUCCGUGCUCUCACCUACUGUGACCUCCACGCCAUCAAAAGAGAAAAAUUGCUAGAAGUCCUAGAUUUCUACCACGCCUUCGCCAACUCUUUCGCCAGGAAUUUGGUACUUACCUAUAACCUAAGGCACAGAUUGAUUUUCCGCAAAGUGAGUGAUGUGCGGCGCGAAAAGGAGCUGGCGGAGCGACGGAAGCACGAGCCGCAACAGGAACUCAGUCAUGAUCAUCUUGUGAGGAAAAUAUUUUCAAGAUUCAGGAGGGACAAGGGCGUCGGUGGCUCCGGUACGCCCAACAGCGCAUCCUCAGACCUUGUGGGUGUGAGUGGACGGGACUUGGAACGAGGCUCCGGUGAACGCUCGGACUCUGAGGUGGCCGGCACGACAGAAGCUCUAAAGGUGGUGAAAAUGCCGCCAGCACGAAUGAACAACAUUUGUGAGACGAACGGACCUCGAAAGUGGAAGAACAUAUUUGGAAGAAAUGAAGGAGGCGAGGACGAUGGAUCCACGACUGACGAGUGCAACAAGAAAAAUCUGAUGCAGGACGGGGUGCUGAGGAGCCUGGGCGUCAAACACAACACCAACCUAUCCAAGAGAGCCAACACUUCCGCCACCAUCACACCAAGCACUGCCAACAACAACCACAACAACAACAAUAAUAACAACAGCACGAAAGCAGUGGUAAAGAAGGACACUCUUGCCCUCGAAGGAAACACAAAAUUCCACGUCAAUAAGCUGGAUUCGUCAGACACCGGGGGCGGGCGGGACCAGAAGAAUAAGGACAAUGAGUCCGGUUAUGUCACGGAUUUCAGUGGCCACAGUCCGGUGGUCACGGCCGCCGACUGCCAGCAGAUCAUUGCAAGCCUCAUGGACUUCAAGGUCGAUCUAAAGAUUGAAAUUCAAAGAAUGAAUCAGAAAUUAACUCGUUUAGAAGACAACAUGAGUGACGUCAUGACCCGCAUGAACCACGUGCAGCGUUCAACGUCCCAGCCUGUGAGCGUGAGACCUUCCGACGAGCCACUUAGGGUAACGCGGCGAGACAGACCCACGGCAACUGCGGUGGACCCCACUCCAGACCCUGAUGAGUCUAAGCCAUUUUUACCCAAAGUUACUGCCAGUGAAGAACCAAAAAAACCUAAACGGCGAGACAAGAACCGCGCAAAGAGUGCUGGAACACCCCGCACAUCACCCACCGAUUCCAACUCCCCAACCGAUUCAAUGGUGCGCGGGAUGCUUGAAGAAGAGAUUCAGGAGCAAGCAUCGUCUUCGCCGAGGGCCGAGGCUCCGGUGCCGCCGCGCUCACGUUCCAGGGAGUACCUCUGAGCUGUUAGUACAAUCUCCCUACCAGGCUCUUCCCUAUGUUUCAGAUAUACACGGAUAAGAAUGAAAGCUCCAAUAUUGCAUAAAAUUCUCCAGAUAAUUGCUAAUGAGUGAAGGCUGAACGUUCAGGACAGUUCAGAUUCGUUGUCUAUUAUGAUUACUGUGAAUAGUUUUGAACACGUAUUUAGCUCAGCACACAACACAGGGCAAGGUCGUUGCAGGAGCAUAAAUUGGUCCUCAGUCGGAUUAAACAUUUACGCCAACUUUCAGCCUAAAGAUUGACUAUUUGGUAAAUGCAUUACAAAAAAAAAAAUCAACAUUUUGAAAUAUGACAUUAAUAAUAUAAGUAAAUACCACUAUUGCUGCCUUCGUGUUCCCGAUCGCGGCUGCUACGGCUUAUUUCUAGUUAUUGCGUUGGCUCUGUCUUCGCGGUUGUGACUCCUUAAGAACAAGUGAUAAUUCAGAUGAAAUGGCAGGGAGUUUGUUGUGUUUGGAAGGGGGCGUGGGACCCCGCGCGCCCCCUCCCCCUUGUCACAGUGCAACACUCGCCCUCAUUGUGAUCCUGUCAUCCUCAUCCAAAGACAGUGACUGCAACUGAGGAUGCUCUGCAGGUAGCAAUCUUAGCAAUACUCAAAUGAUCCUCUCCCGGAGGAUCGAGCACGAAGAUGUGGAAACAGUGUCAGCAUUUACACACACGUACCGUCCUGUUUGUUUUGUACAUAAUAAAACAGUGUUUUGAAGUUGAACACAGAGUGAUGUA